AUGGCAGACCAUGACGAUUUUGAAGAUAAUCAGUACCCCGAUAACGAUGAGUUUGUACCAUACGUUACAGCCGGCAACUUACCUCAAAGAAAUGGCGCGAAAGUUACACUUUGGGGAAAAGUUACUAAAGUUUCGGCUAGUGAAGGCUUCUAUGUUAAAACCGUUGAUGAUCAAGAAAUUCUUAUAAGAUUAAAAAAGCCCCUUAGUGAGGCUUUGGAAGGCUGGUAUGAAAUAUAUGGAGUGUCUCAGGGCAAGAGUGUACUUUGUGAUGAAUACGUACCAUUUUCUCAUGAAAUGACCAAAAACAUUGAUACGGAAGGUCAUAAAAGUUUAGCAAAAUUGCUUGCAGCUCUGGAUGACCCAUGGAAUUUAGGAGAACAUCCAAAUGCUAUGAAUGGAGUUACACCAAUGGAGUAG